UUAACAGGAGACGAAAUCAUCUUCAUCACGAUGAUCACCGGAAAACACUUGUUGUGCUUCUUUCUGCUUGCCUUCCCGCUGUCCUGGGCAGAGGACACGAAGAAAGACGUAAGGGAGACUGAGAAUGAUACAGUUUGGAACCAAGCAAAGACCAGACGACUGUUUGCGAGACGAAAGAUUUCUCCACCACAGGAAAGUGAGAUUCCUAAAUACAAGUCAAACCUUAUGACCCCAGCACGUCGCUGCGGACGCCUAAUGGAAAGCUGCUCCUCUCAUCUGCCGUGCUGUGACCCCUGCGCCUCCUGCCGCUGUCGACUCUUCAACACCAUCUGCCACUGCUGGAGGACAAACCCCCUGUGCCUAAAGAGGACAUAGAGCACAAACACACACAUGCACAGCCCAGCACCUGGACAUGUACAUAUAUAUACACAGAGAACACAUUGUGUGUGGCACAGUAAAGGAAGGUGCGAUGGGAAUGUAGGACUGAAGCCUACAAUUAAAAAUACAAACAGAAACGUUUACAGAAUAUGUAGGUUUAACAAAGGAUGAGUGACAUAUGCUUUUUCAUGUAUGCAGACAAUCACGUGUGUUGUGCCUCGGGUAUUUCCCUCACUAUUGCUGCUUUAUAUAUUUUAUGCUCUCUUGCCAUAUUAAACACGUGGGAACCCAUCAUAAUUUACAUUGGAACAUAAAGGUUUUUUUUAAAACUCACUGCCCUGCAGACAAAAUGUGGAAGAAAUUUAAACAAAAUCAUGUUUUUAGUCAUCGACAAUUAAAAAGCUUAUUUUUCUGUUCCAAUGAAAAACAUGCCUUGGUGAAGAGAUAUAUAUCUCCCAAAUGGUGGAAUUACCGAUUAUUACAAAUGUGUGGAUUUAUGAGUUAAAGUUAUUUUAUAUUUUUGCUAUUGAAUAAAUACAUUAUAAGCCCCAUUAUCUUUGUUUAAUAUUUUCCUUCUUGAGUGAAUGUCCUAAAAUGCUUAAAUAAAGAACUACAAGUCACUUAUAUGUGAAUUUAAGAGGAAACCAUGUUUAAUUAGGAAAAUAUGACACACAGGAUCAAAACAAAGCAAAAAUAAUUUGGUUGUUUUGCAGAUGUUUACUGGCAGCAAUCCUGUGGAUAAAUGGGAACCUAACCUGCUUUGUAUUUUCUUCUGGAGUGAUUAUGUAGAUAGCCGAAAGAUAAUGAACACUGGGCCUAUUUGUAGCGGGGGCAAGUGUGUAUGUUAGUCUGUGUGAAUUCAAAAAUAAAGCAGUCAAAUAAAGUCUUAAAUCCUAUCCAGGCAA